AUGCAUGCAAACAAAGACUACAUAUGCAUCCCUCUCUUGAAGCAUCCUCUGGCCAGUCGAACUUAUAUGAAACACAAUGGGUUACGUUCUACGAUAGCCUGGGCCAUGAGCUCUCUUUGUCCUAAAAAGCUGAAUGAUUGUGUGAUUUUAGACCCAGUGUGUAGAGUUGGUGCUGUGCUGUUGGAAGCAGCUCAGGAGUAUUCAAAUGCUGUAUUUCUAGGCAUGGAUUUAGACUUUCUAGUCACAGUUGCAGAAAGCUGCAGAGAAGUGAAAGCAUCUGGAAUGGAAGGAAGAGUGCAGCUACUUCAGUCUUCUGCCAUAGAGAUCCCUCUUGCAGAUGGGACGGUUGAUGCUGUGCUGUGUGAUGUUCCUUUUGGCAGGAAAUUCAGCUGCAGCUAUGUCAUGCCAACUGUCCUGCCAUGCUUACUGAGAGAGAUGGAGAGCUGUAUAGUCAAUGUGUAUUUCUUUCUUCAGGAGAUCCCUCUUGCAGAUGGGACGGUUGAUGCUGUGCUGUGUGAUGUUCCUUUUGGCAGGAAAUUCAGCUGCAGCUAUGCCAUGCCAACUGUCCUGCCAUGCUUACUGAGAGAGAUGGAGAGGUGUGUUACAUGA